GAGAGUUAGAGAAGGGAAGGAGAUGCAACUACUAGCAAUAUCUCCAACAAUCAUGAAAAAGUUUCAAAAAAGUUUGAUAUCCUUAUUGCAAUCAGAAGCAAACUGUAUUGCUUUAAUUUCUGAUUAUCAUUCUUUGCUUUGAGCCACACUCAAUUGCACAGGUUUAAGUUUUCGUAAUCAAUCCGCCCUCUUUCUUCUGUUUUCUGAUCUAUUUUGAGGUGUUAUGUGCAAUUUGAUGUGAAAUUCGAUCGCAAUCCUCUCGUUUGGGGUGUAUCAGAAUGUGUGCAAGCGAGCAAACAUUUUCUGGCAUGAGACGAGCAUGUGAUUUCUCAGGAGAAAAGAAACCAAAGAGUUCAUUAGUAAUUGCAGGUCUCCUUUGGGGAUCUUGCCAUUGCUAUUGUUGGAAUAUUGACUAUGGGGCGCGUGAUCUAUGUUGUACCAGAUGGUUUCUUCUUCUUCAAGACUUAUUGAUCCCGUGUCACCAUUAAAUCCCCUUCCUUGAUUUCAGAAUAUCAGAUUCAAAGAAAAACAAGGAGCCUGAAUCUUCAGGAUUACAGAUCCAAGAAGAAAAAGAAGAAGAAGAUGAUGAUGAAAACUUUGAAAUCAUAUGGUCAGGCGAAUCUUCAAUGUGCACCAGGAACCUAAAGCAUUAUCAAGCUUUUACCAAAAAUGGAACCACAAUAUCUGUUUAUUCAUUUGUAUUCAUCCUAGCUGGUGAAGGAGGUUACCACAUUGGUUACUUGGAAGACAUGUAUGAAAAUUACAGGCAAAAAAAGAUGGUGAAAGUGAGAUGGUUUCAUCGCAGUGAAGAACUUAGUGAAUUAAUCUCAAAUCCUCAGCCUCAUGAGCUUAUAAUCACCUCUCAUUGUCAGAUCUUAAGUGCAGAAUGUAUUGAUGGACUUGCCACCAUUUUAACUCCCAAACAUUACAAUCAAUGUUUGGCUUUUGUUACACAAGACUUCUCAGAUGGGAUUUACAUGUGCUCUAAGCAGAUCAAAAAUGACCAAAUUUCCUCAUUUCCUUUUUCUAAGUUGCGUGGCUACUAUACCCAGAUCAUAUUUUCUGUUCUUAAUCUCCCAAUUGGCCACAACAAGAACAACCAAGAAACCUCAUCCAAAAGAGAAGAAGAAGAAAAAGGAAAAGAAGAAGAAAAAGGAAAAGGAAAAGAAAAAGAAGAGGGUGUUCAAAGUUUCAAACAGGGUGUUACAAUUUCUGAUAAUGAGGUAGAAAAAACACAACCUUUUUGUGUUGGUGAAGAGAUUGAAGUGCUUAGUAAUGAUAGUGGGAUAAGAGGGUGUUGGUUUAGAUGUAAAAUCUUGAAGAUAUCAGAGAAGGGAUUGAAAGUUUUAUACAUGGAUGUGGAGGAUGCAGCGGGUCCCGGAAAUCUUGAGGAAUGGGUGUUGGCAUAUAAAAUUGCAGCUGCUGAUAAAAUGGGGAUGAGAUGGUUAGGGCGUAAUUAUAUACGUCCUGCAUGUCCUAUAAUGGAAUCUUCAGAUGAUGAUUUCAAGAUUGGAUCAGCAGUGGAUGCAUGGUGGUGUGAUGGGUGGUGGGAAGGUGUAUUGAUUGGAAUCAACAUCUGUGGAAAAAAUGAUUUUCAAGUUUACUUUCCUGGUGAAAACAGAUUGCAUUAUUUUGAGAAGAUGAAUCUAAGAGCUUCAAAAGAGUGGGUUGAUAAUAAGUGGAUAGAGAUAAAGCCAAAGCCUGAUAUAGUCUCUUUUCUCACAUCAAAUCUGAAGCUUCAAAAAAAGUCAAGCUUGGGUGGGCCCUCUGGAUCUGGAUCUGGAAGUGGAUCGUCUUCUAAUACUGGAGCAAAUAAUGUUGUGAUGAAGAAGAAGAAGAAGAAGGCAUUGAUGGGAUUCUCAAAACCAAAACAUAGUAAAAUGGGUGGUAAAUGGUAAGUAAUAUGCAGGUUUUGGUUCAUUAUGAAAUACUAAGAAUAAAUAAAAGACUUGGUUUAUACUUAUAUAUAAAUUAGAGGUUGGGGUUGUUGAACUUUUUGGGUGGAGUCAUAUGUUAUGCUCCAUGUGUGUUGGUAUUUCGUUUUGAACCAUAUUUAGUUUGCAAUUAACAAUCUAUAUUAUAAGGAUUUCAUCUAAAGAUCUUAUGAGCUUGAAUUGAUGAUACCAGUUUUUUUGAUAA